UCCUCCUCGACGCUCUCCGACGUUAAAGCGACUCGUCGCUCGACAUUUCGGGCCACUGCAUCAUCAGCGCUGACGUGGGAACUACGUGAGCGCGGACACGCGGCGUCCACCCACGCUGUCACCGGUGACGAGUCACACGACGUCAAAAAAAGUUCGGUAGCCGACUAUGGAAACCUCAGUAUCGUCUCAGCUGGACAGCAGUUUGAAUGAUUCGGUCACAGAUGGAGAAGAUAACCAAAGUGAAACUAGUCCGUCUCCUGCAGACCAUGAUCAGGAGUUGCUGGCUGCAGAGUCUUCUGGUGUGACUGUUGUCCAGCUGUCCGACGGUCAGACGGUGCAGGUUCAAGGGGUCAUCCAGGCCCCUCAGACAUCGGUUAUACAGUCACCGCAAGUCCAGACCGUCCAGAUUGCCACCGUUGCAGACCUGGAGGAGGACGAGACGGUUGCAGACGUACAGAAGAGACGGGAAAUCCUCACUAGACGUCCAUCCUAUCGAAAAAUUCUUAACGAGCUUUCGUCGGAUUCGCCGGCAGUUCCUAAAAUUGAGGAGGAGAACACAGAAGAUGAACCGCAGCCCAUCUCCAGCACCACGUCGGCAUCAGCACCGACGUCCAUCUACCAGACCAGCUCCGGACAGUACAUUGCGAUCAGCCAGGGCAGAGCCAUCCAGUUGACCAACCCUGGAGUCGAAACCCUCCAGGGGACCCAGACCCUGACGAUGACGAGCUCUGCAGCCCCACAGCCUGGAGCCACCAUCCUGCAGUGUGCAGCUCAGCCGGGAGACUCCCCACAGCAGUUCUACCUCCAGGGAGGACAGAUGCUCAUCCAAGCUGCCACAGGAGACAUCCCCGCGUACCAGCUGCGUUCGCCCAACUCGGGCCUGGCUCAGAGCAUCGUGAUGGCGGCGUCACCGGGCGGCAUGCAGAGCCCAUCGUCACAGCAUGCCGAAGAAAUCACCCGCAAGAGGGAGGUCAGACUGAUGAAGAACAGGGAAGCAGCUCGCGAGUGCCGUAGGAAAAAGAAAGAGUACGUCAAGUGUCUGGAAAACCGCGUGGCCGUGCUGGAAAACCAAAACAAGACGCUGAUUGAAGAGCUGAAAGCACUGAAGGACAUCUACUGCCACAAAGCCGAGUAGCAGCGGUUCGCUUGUGGUCAUGGGCUGAAGACAGUUUACAAAGUGCUGCAGCGGAAAAGCAAAAAAAAAAAAAAAAAAAAAGAGAAAAAAGAAAGAAGACUCUGAAACAAAAACUGCUUUGACCGUCUUUGUUUCUCUGCUCACUCAGACCUGAUUUACGCCAAAAUUCAGAAGUGUCGUGGGGAUUUCAAACAGCUUGCCAGUUUUUGCUCUCGUUCUUAUCUUGUGCUCUUUGCAUGACUCAAGUGUUAAACGCACUGCGCUUGCUGUUGCUGUUGUGCACGAGGCGAGGCCAGCCAAUGAGAGCCAGUCCAAGAAGUAGUAGAAGAAGAAGAAGCACAGGAAGAGCACAUACAGGUGCUUCCUGAAAAUGUGCCGCCGCUCGACUACAGCGAAAAAAAAAAAAUCAAACCUCCAUGGGGGGUUAGCCAGGUCUCGCUACCAGCAAGUUUCCAGAUGAGGUGCACACGAAGCUCCGCAGAUCCACCAGCAGCUGCAACAAGGCAACUCCAACCAUGUUUACCUGAUGUCGUUUGUGUUGUUUACGCUUCUGUUUGGUCGUUGCAUUCCUUCACGUGGAAACUAUUUGAGGAGAAAUUUCAUCAAGCGUUUAGUCAGUGAAGUGAUUUCCUGGAUUUCCUCAUUUUCAGUUUGUUUAAUUGUCACAAACAAGCAAAAUAGAAGAAUUCGACAUGAAAAUCCUCUUUAUGUUUGAGGUUUAUGCACAUGAUGAAUGAAUUAUUUGAAUCAAGUAAGCAAAGAUAUUUUAUUUUUCAUGACUGAAGUAAAUUAAUCACGAAGCGGAAGAACACAGUUGUUCUUUAGUCAAAGCACAGAGUAUAUGGAGUGUCAGUACGGAUGAUAUUUAAUUUUCUAUUAAGAAAUAUAUGAACAACUUCAUAUAUUAUAUAUUAUAUAUUAUAUUAUAUAUUAUAUAUUCAUAUAUUAUAACUUCAAACUUAAUAUAUAUUCUACCAAACAAAUGUUACCUACUGAGUAGUCGUAUGAAGAGAUGAUUUGCUUGUCAUAUCUUGAAAAACAACCAAUUUAUAGAGGGAUAUUUUACAUUGAUGCACAGCUCCAAGAAUAACAAUUUUGCUUUCCUGGCAAGCAUCACGUUUGUUUUAGAAAUGAUGGAUAUCCACUUUUGAAUUAAACUGUACUUGAUUACGGCUUGAUAUUAAAAUGCUCUGUUUAAAGGGUGAUGCCAAUUUCUUUAUUUUUUGUUUUUUUAAAGACAUUUUAUUUUAAAUAUAUAUAUAUAUAUAUAUAUAUAUAUACACAUAUAAUAUAUCGACUUGUGUUCAUGUUUCUGGUGAUAUUGGAAACCGCCCGCUUUCUCUGUUUCUGUUGAUGUAGUUAUUGAGUUUUGUUCCGGUGAUUCUAUUUUAUUAACACGCAUUAUUUUAUGUUCAGCACGUAGAAAAGAAUAACAGACCCUGACGUACACUUCGGCUGCCAAAGCUAUUUAAGAAACAGUUUGGUAUUUAUCUGCUGUUUAGCUCAAUGACAACAGUGUGAGUCAUCCUGUCUGCAGUCUCGAUAUUUACCAGCCAAAUACCUGUCGUGGUUCGGAUUUUCAGAGGAGCACCCAUUCUACUCAAGUCUAGAAAAACGCAUGUGAUGCUAACAUUCAGGUUUUCUUCGAUAUCCGGUGAGGUGGAUUUUGUUUCUGCAGUUGGUUUUUGCUGUUUUAAAUGGCUCCAAAUUUUACCAGGUGUUUUCUUCUCCGUGUACUUCUUCGUUUGAAUUGUAAAACUAUUUUUUGUUUAUCUAAUAAAAUAAUCAAAGUUGA